UUAACAUUAAACGAGAAGAAUAUAUAGGUUAUAUUUUAAUACAUUGAUAAAUAUAAAUCCUUUUUAUUAUUAUUUUAUGAUAAUUGUAUAUAAAGUGCAAAUACUUAUUUAUAUUAGUUUAGAGGUACAUUUUUAUGUACAUAUGAUUGUGUUACAAUGUAUUUAAUAUAAUAAUGAUAGCAUGUAUUUUAUUUAUUUCGAAAGCUAUUUAAAAUGAGCAAGGAAGACUUUAGUUGUUGUGUUUGCCUGAAUAAUAAUAAUUGUUUAACUCUAAAUAAACUUUCAAAGAAAGAUGAAAAUCAGUUGACAAUAUUAUCAAAACUAAUUUUGAAUAUACCAGAAAUUGAGUGGACUAUAGAACAUUUCAUAUGCGAGGCGUGUACAAACUUACUUAACAUUGUACAUAAUUUUCGUGAAAUGUGUUUGAAAUCUGACUUUACUAGAAAGCAGAAAAACCAGAAAAUAGAAGUAAAUAUUCACAAACAGGAAAUUGAUAAAGAUAGCAACAGUGAAAUUGUUAAAACAGAAAAUAUACAGUUGGAUUGUAAAGAAGAUUCUGAUUCCGUUGAUAUAAGUGAUAAUGAUGUUAAAAAUGAGAAUUCACAAAAUAUUGAAGAAAAAAAAUGUCGCCGAACAAGAAGGAACAGAAAGUUUGAAUUUGACUGUGAAAAGUGUUCGAAAAAUUUCUAUUCUAGUAUAGAAUUGAUAAAACAUUGUGUUGAAAUACAUAGAAUGAUCCAAAAAGAUGUCAGACCAUUUUGCUGUACAAGAUGCAAUAGUCGAUUUGGGAAUUCUUCAAAUUUGGUUCAGCAUAUUAAAUAUCACGAUGCAGUUCGAUCGAAUGUUUGUAGUUAUUGCGGAAAAGGUUUUAUUACAAAGACAGAUUUAAAAAUACAUGAAAAACAGCACCUCAAUAAAAGAGAAUACGAAUGUAAUAUUUGUAAAAAAAGCUUCAAUACUCACAAAGAUUUGAGAUCUCACAAACUCGUCGUUCACACAGAUCCCUUACUUUGGAAAUACUUAUGUGAAUAUUGUAAUAAACGUUUUCCGAUUAAAUCAAAUUACGAUUGUCAUAUGCGUCGCCAUACAGGAGAGAAAAAUUUCGAAUGCCAUUUGUGCAAUAGAAAAUUCACGGACAAAUGUGUUUUGCAACGACAUAUGAGAACUCAUUCCAAUAUUAGAGAAUUUCGAUGUGACCAAUGCGAUAAAGAGUACAAAGAUAAAAGGGUCAUGCAAAUUCACAUGGCAAAAAUACAUGGAAUAGGUGUUGGAGAAAUUAAACUUCCAUCUAAGGAAAAGAAAUACAUUUGUCAUAUAUGUCCGAAAGCAUAUUAUGCAAAGAACAAACUUACUAGGCACUUGUACACACACACUGGCGAGAAACCUUUCUUUUGCGCGGUCUGCAAUAAAAAAUUCAAUGAUAAAUCAUAUGUAAAACAACACAUGAAAAAAACACACAAUAUCGAAUCUGAUAACUCUUUGUAUAAAUUAUAAAUAUAAUGAGAAUUAAUUUUAUAAAAUAUUUUUUC